CGGCGGCGGCGGUAGCGCGGAGCCGGCUCCGGUCUUACGUAAGAGACGGGUCCCCGCGCGGCCAGCCGGGCCGAGAGGCGGCGGCGCCGCCCAGCGGGAUCCGGGCUGAGUGUGGCCGCGCUUCCCUCUCGGCCGAGGGGUGGCAGGCGAGUCCCCGCGUGCGGAGGGUGCCGAGGCAGGGGCCGCUGGGCAAAGUGCGCGGGCUGCCUUCCGGGCCACUCUCUCCCCGUCAGAGCCAUGGCUUCCAAACUCCUGCGCGCGGUCAUCCUCGGGCCGCCCGGCUCUGGCAAGGGCACCGUAUGCCAGAGGAUCGCUCAGAACUUUGGCCUCCAGCAUCUCUCCAGCGGCCACUUCUUGCGGGAGAAUCUCAACGCCAACACGGAAGUUGGUCACGAGGCAAAGCAGUACCUAGAAAAAGGUCUUCUGGUUCCAGAUCAUGUGAUCACACGUCUGAUGAUGUCAGAACUGGAGACCCGGAGUGCCCAGCACUGGCUGUUAGAUGGGUUCCCAAGGACAUUAGUGCAAGCAGAAGCCCUGGACAGAAUCUGUGAUGUGGACCUAGUGAUCAGUUUGAAUAUUCCUUUUGAGACUCUUAAAGAUCGUCUGAGCCGACGGUGGAUUCAUCCUUCCAGCGGGAGGGUCUACAAUCUGGACUUCAACCCGCCUCAAGUGUUGGGGAUUGAUGACAUCACUGGCGAGGCACUGGUCCAGCAGGAGGAUGACAAACCUGAAGCCGUUGCUGCCAAGCUGCGACGGUACAAGGAUGCGGCCAAACCGGUCAUCGAGCUGUACAAGAGCCGGGGAGUCCUCCACCAGUUUUCUGGGACAGAGACCAACAGAAUCUGGCCUUACGUUUACUCACUUUUCUCCAACAAGAUCACACCCAUUCAAUCCAAAGAAGCAUACUGAGCCUGCCAUCGGAAGAGCCAAGGAGGCGUUGUCCGGUCACUCAGCCCUGCGUGGCGUCUUGAUGCCCUGGCCAAAUUAGAAGCUAGCUGAGAUAGCUUGCAGCAUCUUUUCUAGUUUAAGUGAUGAAGUGAUGAGGAAAAUCUAGCGGGUAGGAAGGAUUCAUGAAGAAAGAAACCCUCCUGCCUUUUGAAGAGAAGGUGUAGCUCUGCAGCUGCGUCACACCCCUCGCAGGAAAGCGAGUGCAGACUGGAUUUCCACCGGCUUCGAGCCUACACUCUGCACGGGCUGACAGCCAUGUGCUUGCAUAGCCUUUUUGCAUGCAACAGUGGGCUUUCUGGCCUAUGCCACCUUCCACAGGCUAUUAAGCCACAGCACCGUCAGCCUGAGAAUGUGAAGGCGCGCGGUCGUCGCUUGCCUACCGCCAUACCCUCUGAUGACAACUGAAUUGACGCUGAUUGCACCCAGUGGCUGCUUCUCCCCAAUGACUAUUUCUCCCUCCGAUCUCCAUCUCCGAAAUCCUAGAUUCUGUUGACUGUAUCUCUUCCGCUUGCUCCCUUCCCAGGCUCUUCAGUAACAUGGUAGUUUCCGCAUUCACCCCUCUAACUUCUGAGAACUAGGCGACUAGAUCCAGUCCCUUCCUUCAUACUGGGAACUUAGCCGGGCGGAAGGCUUCCUUUGCUAAACAGCUGCUCUGACUGUCUUGGGCCCACUCUGUACCUUUUAUUGUUUUAAAAAGAUUCUUCAACAUCUUCAGAAAAAGGGGCAGGGGAGAAAAGGAAAGAAACGCCCACUUAUGGAAAUUGGGGUGAUUGUAUGGAAGUAAUUGUAUAGAAAUCACUGGACUAAGAUGGUUGGGUUCAAGGCUGAACAUGCUGCUAAAUAUUGAUGCUGCCAGCGUUUCUUCUGUGAGUGAUCCGGGCAGACGGUGAGAAGUCAGUAAAGGGAACAAGCCUGUGGGCUUGAAUGGAGCACCUUGCACCAGAUGAACAUAGACCUGCACUGAGUAAGGCAGCUUUACUGUUUUGGGAACGCAGAAUCUUUUUGUUUUCUCCCUAUUCCAAAGACUCAGUCUGUAGGUGGCCAUGAAGUCCAGAAAUGAAGAUACUAAUAUUUUGUCAAUGAUUAUAUGUCAAUAAAGCAUUUGUUAAAAGAUUUUUUCUGGUUUCCAGACUUGUUGGCCACCUUGUUAACUCUUCUGGGAAGAACAGUGAAAUGUCUUCCUUUUGCCUUAAAAAGGGUGUCCUGCCUCUGCCUGUCCCCAGGAAGCGUCCUUUAUCACUGGUAGUGAUUUAGUGUGAAUCUCACAGUCUGGUUGGGGGCAGGGUGUGGGGUGAACUCAGCACUUUAGUGGAAACAGACAUUAUUACGUGGGGUCACGGGAGUCCCCAGUCCUUCACUGCCAUAUGUUCUGUGUGCUCAUGAGUCUGUCUUUGGCGUGGCACUGCCCAGACUCUUGCGUCUUCUUAGUUGUCCUUCUGUGUGCAUGUUCUCUGGCCGCCUGCAAGGAGAUGCAGACCAGCACCCCCUCAAAGAGCUGAGGUGCAGCUGUGUGGCUCAGAUCUGACCUCUUGGCAUUGUCACGAUGCUGAACAUUUUGGAAGCUUGCAUUUGGAUGUCACUUGGUAGGGAUGGGGUGAUAAAAGCCCAGGGUUCCCAGGGAAGCAGGCCAGGUGUGGGAAACAUACAGGUUAGAGUAGGGUCGCCCUCAGAUGACUGGGGAAGUGGAGAGGUAAAGGGGUUUAGAGUAGUUCAAAAGAAGGGGACAAUAACAGCAAAUUCGUUUUCCCUCUUGUAGGGAUUGGGGAGAGCAAUAGGGUGUGAGCAAAUUCUUGCCUACACACUCUUGUUUCUCUGCAUUACAAGCUUAGUAGACUAAGGUAGCCAGCACUGGGGACAUGAGGAUCUGGGCAGCAAGGGCGGAAACACAUCUUUUCCAAGAUCUUGGCCGAUUUUCAUGUUAAAAAUCGAUACUUUCUGCGGCAGACUUGGCUCUUCUUUUCUAAAUGAUUUUUUUUGAAAUGAACAUUAAUACUGAAAGUAUCUUGACAAAGGUAGAAUGAAAGGGCGUCUCUUCCUUCUGAGGCCACACAUGCCCUUUCUUCAGGUAGAAGCCAAGAGUCUGGUGGUGUCUGAGAUUCUGGUCUGACUUGGCAUUCACAGACUCCAUCCGGCUCUUCUGACAGUUUGCUUCCCACAAUCCUCUUGCUUAAAACACAGGGAACCCUGCUUGUUCAUUCCUCCAGUAUUAAGACGGGAAAAAAAAGUGCUAUGAAGGAGGCCUUUUUGAGUGUGUACUCUCAGGACCUUUGCAAGCUUCUCGGUGAAUCUUCCCAGCAUCCCGUGAGGCAGACACAAUCACUCCUUCCUAUAAACAAGGAGUCCAGGGUAUGAAGUCUUGACCCAGGCUUUUGAUAUAAGUAAACAGUACAGCUAUAGUUCAGUCCCAGGUUUUCCCUGAUUCAAGAACCCUUGGCCUUUUACUGCAUUUUAGCUGUAUGUCUUUUGGCCUAAGCAAGCCAGGGACACGAGCCUGCUAGGGUCUGCUUGUGGGCUCAGAAAGAGCAGCAGACAUCACUGGAGUGGCAGUGUUGCUAAGGAAGCUGCUAAAUACAAGGGUUCCAGGCAGACUUAAGUUUAAUCCUAGGCUAAUCUGCCUCAGUUCCAGCUGUCAGGAAACCAUGAAGCCAUAAGGAGAAUGGGGAUCUAUUAAAACAUUAAAAUUAACCAUAAAAUGCCAUCCCUUAUUUUGGUGUGGUGAGCUGCACAAUUCUUGCCAGAAUAAAUGCCAUCAACUGUGCCUCUGGGCACUUGUUGGUUUGACCAUUCUGCUUGUGGUUGGGGCAUGAGGGAGACAGGCUAAGCCUUUCGCUCAGGUGGCAAAGGUCCACAUGUAGCAUUCAUAUGGACUCCCUCUAGUGACAGACAAUAAGAAGCACAGUGUCUUUCAAUAAAGGGUUCUUGUUUAUAAAACCUUUGAAAAGCGCAUUGCACCUUGUCUCGGAUUCAGGAAAAGGGAAGAAAUUGGAAAACCUGGUCUGUGUAUAAGCUGCAAGAAAUGGUAGGGCUCAAUGCUUUUUUUUUUUUUUUUUUUUUUAAAGGAGAAUUUGUACUACUGAAGUUAUGCAUUUUGUUUUCGAGCUGAACGGAUCCCUGGGGGGAUUAUGUUGAGCUAAAAUUGUAUUUCACUGUGAUCCUUCAAGUUCAAGCCAAUCUCCUAACCUAAUCUGAUCUUUAGUUUCCCAGGAGCCAACAGGUCAGCUUUUCUUCUGUGUGACAGUUGGUGUUCCUCUUGAUUUUGGCAUAUGUGCUUAAUUCAGAGUAUCUGAGUCUGUUCUGUCUGUGUAUGCUAUAGCCUAGCUAUUAUUCAUUGUAUUAACUGAUUUUUGUUAUCUUGCUUAAGAUUGAUUUGUAUUCAUUGAAUUUGGUAGAAAUAAACGUUUUUCUGCUCAAUAUGCAAUCAA